UGUAAAGCUAAAAUUCAGCUGAGACCUCAUAAAUCACUGUCUUCUCAGCGUUAGAGAGCGCGCGCACGCAUAUACGCACGCGCGCGCCGUUUCACCAUUCAACCAGCCUCUGUUCUUUCAUUAGCGUUUGCCACAUUUCCUCCAGGCGCCCUUAUUAAGGAAAUCAAUGAAACGAUAACUUAAUAUAAAACUGUCCGUUCCCGUUUUAACAUGAUACAGCUGACUGGUUCUUUUCUUGUUAUUCAGGGAGCUUUAAAUUCAUUCCCUCGAGUUUCCCGCCUCACGACUGCGCUAAUGUGAGAGGAUGACAGAUGAAAAACUAACUUUAGCUUUGCGCUCCAGCCAUUCGAGACACCGUCGAAACGAGCAGCAACCGGGUGAAAUCACGCUUAUAAAAUGCUGAUAAUGUAAAACUAUCGUGGGUUUGGGAUUUAAAAAGCCUCCGUCUGUGACAGCUGUGAUUUCUGAGAAACACAUUUGGUUCAGAUGAUUAAUGAACGACUGGAUUUCUGUGAAAACAUAUAAAGUUUGACUGCUUUGAUAGCAAUAAUUGAAUCUAUAACUGAAACUAUUAAUAAAUGAAGAAAAAGUAAAAAUCCUGACAUCAUUUACUCACCGUCAUGUGACUUUCUGUCAAGUUCAAAAGAAGAGCAUCAUAAAUGGGCCACUUUUUAAAGUAAUUCCUGUCAACUUUAUCGUAAGCUUUAAAAGACAAACUGCUUUACAUUUCAUUUGGUAAGGUAGGCCUAAAUUAGGUCACGUAAUGAAAGAGUACCUUUUAAAAUCGCUGGCUUUUUUAUCUUUGACGGUUGAGUUCUCUCAGACGCGCGUUCGCGUGCAGAUGUGAGCGCGCUCUCGAGUAGCUACUUGAUCUGAGCACGAGAGAUGAAGGGCGGGUUGAAAACAUCUCAAAACAAGCAAAGACUGCAUAGAUAUUCAGUCAGGACUCAGACAGGAUUUAAACACAACCAAACUGGAAUAACAACAUUAAUCUCGAGUUUUUUUUUUGUCAUUUACUCAGAAUUUUGAGGACUUUUGUUGUAAGAAUGAAGGUGCUAGUUUUUUUCAUGAUCUUUUUUACAAGCCAGCUCUUCACAUCUCAGGGGCAAGACUGUCAGAGCGGACAGGACGUGCUGAACGCUCUUCAGCAGGUACAGAAGCUCCUCUCGGCCCAUGAGACGUCCUUCCUACAGAGUGUGCGGAGCCUCCGCAAGAAACUCGGCCUGCUACAGAACAGCACAGUUAAACACAGCAAAGCUAGCAGCACAGCAUCAGACUGUCCUCCACCAAAGCCGCUGGCUAAUGGCCGGAUCCUCGGGCGUGUAUUUAAGCCGGGCCAUGAGGUCCACUACCUGUGCAGCCCUGGCUUUCAGCUGAUGGGGCCAGAAACCAGAGUCUGCCUGGAGUCCCAGAGCUGGAGUGGAGCACAGCCGUCCUGCAAGUUUGUAGAAACCACUGUAAACAAUGAUGCAUCUGCUACUAUAUCAGAAUCUCCCUCAUCCUCUCAUGUUCCUGCCUAUGUGAGGCCGUCCCGCUGCACUGAGUUUCUGGGCUCCAGCCACUGUACCUGUGAGCCGGGGUUCAGCAUCUCCAACCACAGCAGCAUACUGUGCACAGACAUUGACGAAUGCAAGCUCUUCAGCCUGACUCAUCCUGGCCGUCUUUGCUUGCACACCUGUGUGAAUACAGCUGGAAGUUUCCAGUGCCAGUGUCCCGCCGGUUACAGCCUGGGCCGAGAUAGCAGGAGCUGCCAUGACAUUGACGAGUGUGCGAGGGAGACCCAUAACUGCAGCAGUGAGCAGGUGUGUGUCAAUACAUUCGGAGGUCAUCGCUGUGAGCAGGUGGACUGUCCUCGCUUCCGCAACGCCACCUACACCAAAACUUCACGGCUGCGUUGUGACCGUAACCCUUGCAUCCAAGGAGAUGGCGCCUGUCUGCAGGCCCCGGUCUCCAUUAACUUCCACUUCAUGUCGGUGGUGUCCAAUAUGUCAACACCCACCGUCCUCUUCCGUUUGUCGGCGGCCCGUGUCCUGGGUGACACACUGCGCUUCGGCCUGCUGGGGAAGCGGGGAGUGCAGCACUUCAGCGUCCAGCGCGCAAGCAGACAGACCGGACAGCUGGUGCUGGUGAACCCUGUCCAGGGUCCCGCCACGCUAGACGUCGACAUUGAGAUGACUGAAAUGGAAAGGAAGGUGCUGCUGGGGCGAUAUGUUUCGAAAGUCACUGUCUUUGUGUCACCAUACAGCUUCUGAGACGCAGAGGGCACAAUGACAGUGCUGUGAAAUCAUUCACAGGCGAGAUACUGGGGACUGUCCCUGCCGAGGAGAGAUAGAGCUAUUAUACUGUUUCUGAGGUGCCAAUUUACGAGGACAAAAGAAAACUUACGAAUGUUUGGAGUAAUUUAAGCCCUCAGAAAAGGGAAAAAAAUCCUUUCAUUUGGACCAAAAUAUUCAUGCAGUGUUGAAGUUAAUUAUAAGUAUGACACGUAACUUUGAAAUGUGGAAAAACUCCUUAAUUUCAUUUAAAACACUUUUGGGACAAAUAAGGAAGUCAUACAAUAAAAUAAAAGGACAAAUGUAGUUUUAAAGUUGGUUUUAUGAGUUUAAAAAGACACCAUUUUCCAGAAAAGCAUUUAAUGACUUUAUGUCGUGUUGUAACAUCAAGUAAAAAAUAAUGCGAUUAUCUUUAUACUAUGAAUGUGUGUAUUUUCAAAAUAGCUUUUAAAAACAUUUUGUUUUUGGAGAGUUGCACCACAUGAAAUUGAAAAACUGCUUCACUACAUAUUUUCACAAAAUAAAGAAAAUAUUGUCUUACUUCUUAAGGUCAUUUCCUCAAAUAUUUCAGUCUUUUAAUGAGACUUUAAUGAUCUCCACCUUGACAUUUUUACAUUAAAGGGUUAGUUCACCCAAAAAUGAAAAUUCUGUCAUUAAUUACUCACCUUAAUGUCGUUCCAAACCCAUAAGACUUUUUCAUCUUUUGAAACACAAAUUAAGAUAUUUUUGAUAAAAUCUAAGAGCUUUCUGUCCCUCCAUAGACAGCUACACAACUACCACUUUGAUGCUUCAAAAAGCUUAAAAAGCAAUUGUAAAACUAGUCCAUAUGAAUUGAGUGGUUUAGUCAAAACUUUAAGAGACUCAGCCAAUUUAUAUGAACAGAUUUCAUUUAGGUUUUUAUUCACAUAUAAACACUGAUCAGUGAACAUGAACAAAACCUCAACCGAACCUGCUUUACACAUGAGAACAAACCCUUUGACAGAAGCUCAAACAUGCUGCGCAACACGAGAAUGAACCUCACUGGUUCUCGCACGUCAAGCGAACGUCCUUGAGCUUCAGUUUACCAUAUCCGAUGGUUGCGUUGAUGAAUAUUUAUGUGUGAAUAAAAGCCUAAAUUCAAACUGUUCAUCAUAUAAAUAAGUUGUCUCUCUUCUGAAAAUCUGAACUAAACCACUCAAUUCAUAUGGAUUACUUUUCUGAUCUCUUUAUGAACUUUUUGAAGCAUCAAAGUUGUGGUUGCGAGACUGUCAAUGGAGGGACAGAAAUUGCUCAGAUUUCAUUAAAAUCUCUUCAUGUGUGUUUAGAAAAUGAACGAAAGUCUUAUGGGUUUGGAACAUCAUGAGGGUAAAUGAUGACAAUUUUCAUUUCUGGGUGGACUAACCCUUUAAGCCAUUCAUUCAUUUUCAAUUCAGAAACUUCUUCACAGAGAAUUUAAAGUAGAAUAAAUUCAUAGAUCCAUAAAGUGGCAUGUCAUUGACUCUUCUAAAGAGAGAACCAGAAACUUUGCUGGCAAAAAUUGGUUUCAAAAGCACACUGGUUAUUUUGAAAGAAUAAAUAAGAAUAAUUCCCAAGUACUCAUUUUUAUCUCACAACAGAGCAGAUGUGGCUCCGCUGAAGUACCAACACAAAAGUGAAAUGUUUGUUGUACAAAGUCGAGGUUCAGAAACAGGCUGAAGGGAAUGUCACACCUCAGUGCCGUUUGGCCACACGAGACGAUCCAGACGCGGUCUCGACACUCUUGACCUUUACUGUGUGAGGAGGAGGAUAUAUAAAGACACUCGCACACAGACCACAAAGACGCCAACACCCAAAUCAAGAUUCCCACUUGUUAUUUUCAAGUUUAAACUGGACAAAAUACAGCAGAUACAAACCAUCAGAUCAAUUUUAUUAACAACGGUCCAAUUCGACUUGUACAGAACAAACCAAGAAAAAUGGCAAAAGAAAAGAGCAGUUAUUGUGUUAUAUCUGUAUUGUACACGGCUUGAUCAGAUUUCAGGAGAAAUACUUUUCAUAAUAAAUUUGCGCACGUAAAGUAAAUACAAAAACAGUUCGUCUUUUAUCAUUCGAUAAUUUCUAUGUCAUAUCAGCUUGACAGACAGGAAGCAGUGGUUGUGAAUGACGGCGGUGAGCAGAUGAAACACUCACACAUUUUCCAGUGAUAGUUUAACUCGUUCAAAAAUAAUGUGAAAACACGUCAAGAAAAGAAAAAAGCCGUCGACAGCCAUAUACCGUUUUAAGAAAAAUCACCUUAUAAUUGAUACAAACUACUUGCAGGUCGUGUUCUCAAAGGAAUAUUAAAUUGAGAUUGGCUUGGUCAGAUACUUUCUCAAAACAAUAUAUCUUUUUAAAGUAUCUGACCAAGCCAAUCAAAAUUAAGCAAAAUUAUUAUUGGUUAGAUUCUCCAAAAAUUGCUUAAUUUUGAUUAUUUUAGGGUGAAAUAUGAACCAGAAACGCAUUUAAAAAUUAAAUAUAACAGAUUCCAAAUGGACAAUGGUUUAAAUGAAAUAUGGUACUACUAAUACACAAACACCACAGUUUAAGUAAUUUGUAUCAAUAUCUACCAAUUAAAAACAGACUGUUGAAAGAGAUGAUUUACAGACGGAGGAGAUGAAGGACCUUGUUUCUUUGCUUGCAAGUGUAUUAAAACAACAACUGAGGGAAGAGCUGUACUGGUUCAUCACUUUGAAUGAAAGCGUAAAGGAUUUGGCUGAAAUCAAUUUCCUCAUCUUUGCAGGAAACCCAGAUCACAGUCAUGAACUGAAGCAUUUAUAAGCAGGAAUAUGAAAAGCACCGAAAAGCACAUGAAGCUAAAAAGCCAUGGAGCGCAUCAGCUUUUGAUUUAAAGAUCUUUCCCAAUGUGGAUACAUUCAAUGUAUGGCCAAAAACAGAUACAGAAGCAUAUUAAGCACAAGCCAUUUGAUCUGGAUUGAAUAAAAGUGGCUAUUUUUGUUAGUGAAUGGGUAUGUAUCCUUUCCUGUUCUUGCUUAUAGGAGCAGCCCAUGGCUGAUCAAGUCUUCUGCAAAGAAAAGAAGAAAUGCCAAAGUUAAGGCAGAGUUUGUGAGACCCACAAUCCUCUAUUAAAAUCAUACAGCUAUUUACAGUACGGACAGUACAGCAUUAUGACAUGGAUUCAGAUUAUUAAAGCACAGCUUGAAUGCACAAACACUAUAACCAAAGUCCACUUUAAUGUCAUUUUGUACAAAAGCAUACAAAUAUAACAAUAAUACAAAAUCCAAAUUAAUUUAAAAGGCAGAGAUGCACAAGGACUGUACGAUUACAGCUCUGUUACGGCUUAAUUAGUAUAAUGUCUCUCCAGAGAGUGAAAUUUAGUGUCAAUGGAGUAAAAAUAUGGGGGUUUAUGCAUUAAAGCCUUCAGUGAUUCAGAGUAAAGAAUUUAGAAGCUACGAAUCCAGUCAAGUAGCAAGUUAGUCGGCAAUAACUGGUGUUUUGUUUGAGUACAUGAGGAAAAACUCAAAAAUCAAUGGCUGCGAAUGGAAAAAUGGUACGAUAAAGCUGAAACUGUGGCAAUUAUGGACAGCACUGAGCUUAAAAUGUUUUCAAGCCACAGAAGAGAUGGACCGACUGUCAAGAGAGCUUAUUUAAAAAAUGUGUACAAAACAAAGAGUUUAAAAGCAACAAUUCCCCUAAAACCGGUCUAGACGUGUCUGGAAACCCAAUGACAUACGAGCAAGGCAUUGAGAGAAUAAUCGAAAGAUAUAAUAAAAUGAAAUCUACAAUGUGUGUAAAUAGUCAAAACGUGCCUUCGAUUGACAGAAAACUCUCUGUAUGGAUGUCUUAAGCUGGCAGAGUGUCAGAAUGGCACAAUGAAAACAUGAAUCAAGUAGUUCGUUCAGAGCUCAGACGAGGCAAUCGUACCACAGCCAUCAUCUCAAUGCGGCCAGAAUAAACACGUAGUGCAGAAUCAACCGUCGCCCUCAGAUUUGCCAUAUUACCGCUUAGAUCUUUCGCAUCCAUUUUCUACACUCAGGACUGUAAAUCUUGUGGCUCAGUUUAGACCAGUUCUCUGGUGUGAACACUUCAUGACGCAGAAACCCUUCCCUAAUAAAAUAAACCAACCGAAAGACAAAAAAAGCAAAUAUUUAUAGCCCCUGUUGCAAAGAAAGAUGGGUAAAAAGAAUGUUCUCAGUGACAUGAAGAAAAAUAAACAAGAAGCCCAUGAUAAAACCAAAAACAUCAGUCACUGUCACACAAAACAAAACAAG